AUGUUCGACACAACUCGUCGGAGAAUUCUAGAUGGCUUGAACCGGAGGUACAUCUACGGUCGCCUGGUAAGUGAUCGCGCAAGGGCUGAGGCUGUUCAACGUCUUUAUCAUGAGAACAGCCACACUGACUUCAAUCCCUUUCUAUUUAUAGCCGUUACUUCAUACUAUCGUCCUCCUCGUCGAGAUGGCUGUGACGAUGAGACUGGCCUCCAAGUUCAACUCCUACUAUGCGGAGAAGCCAGUCCUGACGACGAUGGUCACCAAUGCUGUGGCAUUGCUGAUACGGUGGCACAAACGAUCACUGCCUUCAAGGCUCGGCGAUCACAGCGAUCCCAACGAUCCGGCAACGACUUUAUUUCUAUUGAGAUCCAUGAGCUAGACAAAGAGAAGCCUCCGGCAUUAGGAGAGCUGGGAUAUGCAAAGAAGCGUCCUCCUCCCUUCGAUUUUGAACGACUUACUCGGUUCAUGGCGUAUGGUUUCUUCAUGGCCCCAAUCCAGUUCCAAUGGUUCAAAUUUUUGUCACGUGCCUUUCCGAUCACGAAGAGGUCAGCGACGGUGCCUGCACUGAAGAGAGUUGCUGCCGAUCAACUGAUGUUUGCGCCCAUCGGUUUGGUCUGCUUUUUCACUUUCAUGACUAUUGCGGAAGGAGGAGGUCGAAGAGCGCUGCUCCGCAAAUUCCAGGACGUCUAUCUCCCGACUCUCAAAGCCAACUUCAUCCUGUGGCCUGCCGUGCAGAUCCUUAACUUCCGGGUGGUGCCCAUCCAGUUCCAGAUUCCUUUUGUCUCUACUGUAGGAAUUGCCUGGACGGCCUAUCUCUCACUGACCAAUUCCUCCGAAGAUGAGUAG